AUGAUGCUCUUCUUCGUUGCCGCUAUCUUGCGCAACUUCUUCCACGUCAUGACGGACGAGCACGCGCCCUACGUUGCCAUCCAAGGGAUGCGAGUUUUCAGCCGCGAGAAGAAAAGGGCAAUGCGCAACAAAAUUCUCACCUACGCGGUUCCCCUGGGGUGUGACCAAUACGGUAGCAUCGCGCUCAAUGCAAUCAUAAGGGACGUGUCCUUUCUCUACUGCAGUGUUGCCCUCUUUGAUGUAGUUGCGUCCAACGCUCGCUUUCUAAGCUACAGUAGAUAUGGGAACAUUGUGGUCCAACACGUGCUUAAACAUUGUAGCUUGCAUAGCACGCGUAACAUUGGGGUUAGCCUCCGUGGCCAUUACGUCGAGCUCUCAUUUACGGAGGGUGGAAGAUACAUCGUGGAGAAGAUUUUGGAGAGGGAUGAGACGGGUGUUUUGGUGAUGACAGAGCUUUUGGAGUGCGGAAGUGACAACUUGGUGAGGCUGGCGACAAGUGAGUACGGGCAUUUCGUGGUGGAAACGGCACUGAAAGUCACGCGGGGGGUUUUGUUUAGGGGUUUGGUGAAUAAGCUCAAGCCUUUCCUCCCUCUGUUGCGUACGUCUCCUCAAAGCACCACCAUUGCACAAAUCUUGGAGUCACUAACUAGUUAA